AUGGCGCUAUCCGAGUCGACGAAGGACCACUUCAAUCGUGGUACUAUGCUCUCGGAUGACAUACUUUACUACUUAGCAAACGAGCAUAUCCAGGAACCGCAAGUGAUUUCUAGGCUUUCUCAGACAUGCCGUCGUCUAUCAAAUCUCUUGGAUCCUUUACUCUACCGAACUGAUGUCCUAAACACCGAGCAGAAGCUUAACGAAAGUUCUAGUGAAUUUAUGUUUCCAUGGCAGGACGGUGCCGGCCGCAUUUAUCCCUAUCAAAACUCUGCUGACGACUGGAAGCAGCACUUUUAUCCCCUAAAGACGGCGCAGAAAAUCUCAGCUCUCCACUGGGCUGCUGGCCACAAAGACAAGAGUUUGGGCUUGGCAGUAGCCCGGAAAUCCAUCGAAGCGGCACUGAAGCAUUGGCCCUCCUACCUUGGAGUCUACUGCCAAGGGGAUAACGAGGUGAUGAAUAGUAUGGCGCCAAUUCACCUGGCGGCGAUGUCUGGCAAUGAAGAGAUACUUCAGGAGCUGAUCAGAGCUAGCUGUGUUGUAGAUAUGCGCGUGUACCUGGAUCUUGACUUUGAAAGCUACGGUGGCGAUUCGACUUUGUCUAAGACCGCUUGGUCUUACGUCGCCCGCAGCUCUCGCCAUUUCAUGGUAGUCAACCCUCUGGGCCUUGCUAUUCUCUAUGGGCAUCUCCAUAUUGCCGAGACUUUGGCUCGUGUUACGCAAGAUCUAGUGGAGGAGGUGUGGGUGAGGGGUAUCGAUCUGAUAUCGUCACUGAAAAUGGCUGUUCUACAUAAGAUGCCGUCGGUGGUGAGAAUAUUGCAAUCACGUGGAUACAAGCCGCGGUUGGGGAGUGAGUAUUUUGAUGACGGUGGACUUCUCCAACUUGCGGCAGUCAACGAUGGCAAUGAAGAGAUGCUGCAACUUCUAAUUGAAAGCGCAAAAGAUGCUGAAGAAGCCAACACCAUGGGGGCGUUCCAAUCCGCUCUAGGUGGUCGCUGCAAAUCCAACCUUCUGUUCCUUGCUAAAUGUCCCCUGCCCACAUCCGGACCAUUGCUUUUCUUCCACUUUAUGUCUCAGUUCAUACAGACAGACGAUUAUCUUCCUGUUGUCAAACAGCUACUUGAGGACGAUCCAGAGAUGUGUCGAUCUAUAUCCUUGGAUAUUGAGAUGCAUCUUCGGGAUAACAUAGGGAGGGAUCUUUAUUUUGGUCGAGGAUUAAUGAUCCAGGACUAUUUACUCUAUCAUCCAAAUAUUAAUUUCUCGGAUUACCUAAUGGAUCUGCUAGCGGACCAGGAGAACAGAAGAGAACAUCGCGAACGAUUCAAGACAUUGCCUAAGAUUCAACAAGAGAUGCUUGUUAUAUUAGAGCAAAAGAGCAACGCGCAGCAUGAACAGUGGGAUUGGAGAGGUUAG